GCAGGCGGUGGUUGUUCUGCGCAGGGCUCUGGCUCUGCCCGCUCGGGUCUCAGAUUCUAGGUCAGCUGGGAGAGGAGCCAAAGCCAGGGACACUGCACUGGCUGGAACUGAAUCUGCCGUGGCUGUGUAGAGCCAUUUCUUGCAACUGGCUCCAAGCUGAUCAGAGUCCAGCACCCACCGCUGCCUCCCUGAGAAGAGAGAUGGGGAACUGGGCGGAAGCAGAUCCCCCUGGACAGCCUCUUAACAACACCAUAGACUUGGAGAGUGGAGGAGAACCAGGUCAUCCAGCUAAUUCCAGCUCCAGGAAACCUGCAGUUUGGGAUCGUCCAGCUGCCCUCAGAGCCAUAAUCGUGGUUACAAUGGUCGUCAUCAUCGCUCUAGUAGCAGCUUUGAUAGUGGUAACCUCUAGGCCGUCUCCUCCAUGCCCCCCUGCUGCCCCCUGGUGCCCGGAUGGCUGGAUCCGGAUCCAAGGGAAAUGUUACUAUUUUUCUAAGGCCGAAGGGAACUGGACCUACAGCCAGAGCUUCUGCUCGUCACACGCUGCCUCCCUGGCCGGGAUUGAGAGUCCGCAGGAGCUGGAUUCUCUGCUGCCAUAUGAAGGCAGACUGGACCACUGGAUCGGCCUCUGGAAGGACACAGGCCAGGUCUGGAAGUGGGUCAACGGGACCGAGUUUGACCAUCGGUUUGAACUGCACGGAGGAGCAGACUGCGCGUACCUGGACGAAGACCGCACAGUCACCACGUCAAGCUGCAGCACACCAAGAAAAUGGAUCUGCAGUAAACCUGAUACCCCUGCGAAGGGAGAGGAGGGAGCAGUGGGAGGGGAUUCGUGAGCUCAGUGGAAUUGGAGACCAGCUGUGACAAAGCCUUGUGCUAGUCCCCUCCAUGCUGCAGCCUGGUUCCUUGUUUCAAUCUGUCUCCAGGGUUUUGUUGGGUCCUAAUUGUCAGUUAUCUUAAUGCUGUGGUUUUUUGACCCUUCUCUCGGGGAGACUGUCACAGUAACUGGAUCUCUAUCCCAUCUCCAUCAGGUCAGGGCUUGAGUCUCCAGCCACCCCCUAUCUCUGGGCAGAGACCUCGUCCCACUCCCUGACUGGGGCACGUAAAGCUGCACAGCUCCCUUCCAUACACUGCGAUAUCCCCAGCAAGCCAGUCUGGCUAAAAGCCAGCGCCUGCACUUUGCUUCCACUCUGAGCACAAUGCCCAGCACGUUCCAGCUGUUACAAGCUAGAACACGGCCCUUUCUCAGCUGAUACAUUUAUUCUAGGGCAAAAGCAUUAUGGAGAAAAUGUAUAAAAAUCACUAAAAGUUCCUACACACUAAACACAACAGAAAUCAUCCCUCUCCCAGAGGGAGUCUAGCAGCAAGUGACACUUCCAGGCCCUCCCUGUGGGGCUGGAGUCUCUUUCUCCCUCUCCACCGACAGCAGGUCCUGUCUAUUUGAGUUAAAAUGAAGGUCGUGAUUCUGUUUAAACUCAGCCUUUGUGUGUCCUAAGUUCUGUCUCCGUCUCUGGAAAACCCCCUGUGAGCCAGUGUGUGGGAACCAAACGUUCCAGGGUGUGAUCCCAGCCAGGGAGAGGCUGGGUCACCGCUUGCCUGCAGCCUGGGGUGCCUCACAGUCCUGUGCAGAAGCUCCCAACCUGGGCCAAACAGCCUGCAGGUCACACCCUGAGUGGUUGUGCCUGGCCACAGCCCUGGUCCAGCAGCCUGUCACCUGUGCCACACUGGGUCCACCAGCCUUGGUCACUACUUGCAGGGUGACCCCAACACGCUCCCAGUCCUGGACUUCCCCCAAAACAUGUUCUGCAGUGUCCAGCCCUGUUCUGGCCAAUCCAGAUCUACUUGGUCCGUUGCCCUUCUAAGGGCAUCAACAUACACAGUCUGCUACCUUAGAUAGUUACCCAAACAAGUCACAGCACUGGGUUACUUGUAAUUAGACUAAAACAAGUUUAUUUACUUACAAAAAGCUUUUCACUGAGUACAAGUAAUGAGGCGUUAAAGUCAGGGAUGGUCACAAGAACAAUAAAGAUAAAGCACUUUCUAAACUUAACAAACUAGACUUGGUUCAAGGUGACGUCCCUCACCGCAGGUUCACAGUAACGGUGCUGAGCAAUCUCGCAGGCUCCCAAAGUCCAAUGGCUCUUUUGCCCUCUUAGGUGAAAAGAGGGAGAGAGAAUUUGGGGUAUUUUUGCCCCUCACUUUUAUAGUCCAGUCCCCCUUUGAGAUGCAGUUUCCUGAAGGGCCCCCCCCCCCCCCCCCAAAAGCAAAGUUUAUUCAAACAGUAAAGAAGGUGACAUGAUGUCUGGUGGUGAAAAGUUCUGUGCUGUUUCUUCUCUCCUGUUUCCUGAAAUGCAGAUUUUCCUUGUCGCCUGUCUUCCCUCUCUCGCUGUCUGAGGACCCUGUUUACAAUGUACAUGUAAACUGAGGGAAACACACAUUCCUUUGUUUAAGAUCUGCUUGACCCGUGCUGCCUAAUCAGGGUUAUAUGCGUUAGAACGUGUGCCACCAAUAUCACUUAGGGGGAAUUCAUAAAUUUACAUAGAAUGUUGCUAAAUCCAUUUCCCCAUGAUACUAUUGAACAGCAAGUUGUUAUAUUUCAAAUGAUGCCUUUGUUGGUGGCAUUAAGCAUAACCCUAGGUAACUCAGGAGGGUGGAAAACCAGAGUGUCAAUGAAGCCUUCCUGUACCAGGCCUGAAUGAACCAAAGUUAUUCCAUGCUUGCCCAAAGCUCUUCCAUGUUUGAACUCUAAUCGACCUAAUAGGCCAGCAAUAGAGAAUGGAAUGUGUAGCAACUAGUUAUCAGUGCAACACCGGUACCAGAAGAUAAUAAUGAGGCCUGCUAUAAUGAGGCCUGCUUGCUCCUGGCUAAGGGGCAAGAUAACAGAUCAAAGAAAGUAAGACAAGAUAACGGUUCAAAGAAGAGUUACUAAUGAGCUAGAUUGGUUGCCGCCAAGUAUGACUUAACUGCUUAAUGUAAUUGCUGUUGCAUGGUGUAUCUGCUACAGGGGAAUGGAAGGGAGGGGGAGUAGGGGGACUAGGGGGGUGA